AUGGCAAGCAAGAUGAACAGCGUCGGUGCCAAGGGGUACAUGCGAAUGCGACAGGCGCAAGUUGAAGAGUUUUCAUCUCAACAUGCGGAGUUCCACUUGCACCACCAACCGGGAUGCCUUCCACAGAUGAUGGAGGGCUCCAGCUUGGUAAAGUCUGAGUCCAUGGACUUACAGAACGACCCAAGGUUCUUCCAGCUGAACGUGCUGGACAAGCGGCUCUCCGCGGUGCAGCAACUGGCAGUGGUUUCAUCUCUGAUGACCACCGCCAGCUCGCAUGUAAUCAACAUGAAGAAGGAUCUCCAUUUCCAGAAUGUUCAAGGCUGCCUACGAAGCACAAGCUUUUUCAUCCUUUGCUUCGUCUUGUUCCUGAACUUGAUUGCCGUCUAUGUGGGCGUCGCCCAGACCUACCACACGUACCGGCUCGAAACGGCGGGGCCAACCGGCUUUGAGAUCGCAGCCAGCUAUUACUUGAAUCCCAACAUCGUUGCCUGGAGACACCUCGCAGUGAAAUGCCUGCUCAAUGGGCUGGCAUUGUUCCUCUUCUCUACAGGCAUUCGGGUGGCCGUGAGCUUCGAGGCGGAAGCGCACCAACAGCCGCAGAUGGCAGAAACCACUGCCCACAUUUUGGGUGCCCUCGUGCUCUUGGUAUUUACAGCUGGAGCCGGGCUGUUGACCUACAUCCACUGGAAGCAUCAGGCAGUAUUCAGGGCAAACUAUGAAGCUGCAAAGUAUCAGGAACGGCCAUUUCUGGCCACUGUGCAAGACAUGUUUGAUUCGACGCGAGGUUCGCAUCGCGCGCCGGAUGUGUAG